UGAUCCCUCGCUCCCCUGUGUAAGACAGCAACCACCCUGCCUUGUACAGUACUUGUACACGGUAAGCAGUUGAACCCUUUUUUUAACAGCCAGUUCCUCCUCCCCCGCUUCUUCCAUUCCUCUUCCUCAACCAUCAUCUCCUAAUACUCAUCAAUUAAUCAAUUGCUUCUCCAAAUAUCUUCAUUUUUUGCCUUUGUUAUCAAAUUCAUUAACAAAAUGGUUGAGGGCGCGACACCGAGACACAAAUUUCUGGUUUGGGGUGGUGAGCAAAGACACCUUUCCCCAUGAUUAACUUAAUUCUUACAAUGACUGCCAGGAAAUGGAUGGGUUGCUGGACACUUGAAGACAAUCCUCGAAAGUCAGGGCAAAGAGGUUGUGACCACAACUGUGAGAAUGGAAGACCGCGAAUCUGUUCUGAAGUAAGUUGACGUUCUUCUGUCUCCGUCCGGGUUUUGUUUUCGGGGAGAGGGAACUUUACGGCUCAUGGUUCUUAGGCUGCUUGAUGAGGUCAAACCUACUCACGUCCUCAAUGCUGCUGGGUGCACCGGAAGACCCAAUGUCGACUGGUGUGAGGACAACAAGGAGGCCACGAUUCGUUCUAAUGUGAUUGGUACUUUGAACCUGACCGAUUGCUGCUUCUUGAGAAACAUCCACUGCACUGUGUUUGCCACUGGAUGUGUUUACCACUACGACGAUAAGCAUCCUAUUGGUGGUGCAAGUUUCAAGGAGGAAGAUCCAGCAAACUUUGAUGGAUCUUUCUACUCAGCUACCAAGUCCAAUGUUGAGGAGGUUUGUUCCCGAUUAAUCCUCUGCUAAACCUAGUAUGCUAAUUUUAACUCCAGAUCUUGAUCCAUUAUCCCAAUGUCCUGGUCCUCAGACUUAGGAUGCCGGUUUCGGAUGACUUGCACGGAAGAAACUUUGUCACAAAGAUUACCAAAUACGAACGAGUUGUUGAUAUCCCUAACGUGUGUGUUACUUGUGUUUGAGCAUAUCACCUGCGAACUGACCAGUAUUAUAGUCAAACACAAUUCUCACUGACCUCCUUCCGGCGUCCAUCGUUCUCGCUGAGAACAAUGAGCUCGGUGUCUAUAACUUCGUGAGCCCCCCCAACCCCUCCAUGAGCCUCACUAAAUUAUCCCUCUUUUAGACCAACCCUGGCGCCAUUUCGCACAACGAAGUCCUUGCCUUGUUCAAGAAACAUGUUCGCCCUUCCUUCGAAUGGAAGAACUUCUCUGUUGAGGAGCAGAGCAAGGUCAUCAAAGCUGGCAGGUCUAACUGUGAGCUUGACUCCACUAAGCUUGUCAACAAGCUCAAGGAAUACAACUACACAGUUCCCGAAAUCCACGAGGCUUAUGAGCAAUGCUUCAUUCGUAUGGCUAAGAAUGGAGAGAAAUAGGCUGCGGAUUCAAAGAGAAGCUGGUUCUAACCCUUUUUUCCUUUCCUCCUUUUUUUCUUAUAUUCCGAGUCUCCAUAUCCACCUAGCUUGACGGUGAACAUCCGUGAUGUUCGAAAUUGAAUUGUUUGAUGAU